UUCAGCCAUGAUUGGACGCGGUGAUGCUGCUCUGGAAUCAAGAUUAUUUGCAGGCUAAACGAGGGAGGGGAUUGCGUCACGACACCGUGGCGUAGCGGCCGCUGAUUGGCCGAGCUGAGACGGGUGUAAUCAUAGCAUGUGGGUUACGUGCCUCGUUCCUCGCAGCCCCUUGCAAGGGACGCACUGUGUAGGGCAGCGUUUUCAAAAAAAAAAAAAAAAAAAAAGAGACCUGUUGCAGCCCGCCGUGGGUCCCACCGGUCACGACAGCUGUUGGCUGUGAGGCACCACCUGGCGUCUCCUCCCUCCCUCCAUCAACCCUCCACGCCUUUCUUUCUCCUCAGUCUCUGCAUCCUGCAGACCUGAAAUCCCACUAGACAACGGAGAGAGCAUCUAUAGCAUCUUUUAAAAAUGGAAGGCCAGAAGAAGCAAGUUACUGGUUAUCUCCUGUUCUCGCUGGGCACCGCUGUCAUCGGCUCUCUGCAGUUCGGUUACAACACUGGAGUCAUCAACGCUCCUGAAGAGAAACUGCGAUCUUUCUUCAAUAACACCUGGAUGGAGCGUUAUGGCGAGCCCAUCAGCCCAGGGGUUUGCACCAUCGUCUGGAGUGUUGCUGUGUCCAUCUUCAGUGUGGGCGGCAUGGUGGGCUCCUUCAGUGUGGGCGUCAUGGCCAACCGAUUUGGCAGACGGCAAUCCAUGUUACUGGUGAACUGUCUGGCCGUGAUCGGAGGCCUCCUCAUGGGUUUCUCCACCAUCUGCUACUCCUAUGAGAUGGUGAUUGCAGGUCGUCUGGUCAUCGGCCUGUUCUGUGGUCUCUUUACCGGGCUGACUCCGAUGUACGUGGGUGAGCUGUCACCAACACCCCUCCGUGGAGCAUUCGGUACUCUGCAUCAGCUCGGUGUAGUGGUGGGAAUCCUGAUUGCUCAGAUCUUUGGUCUGGAGUCUUUGUUGGGUUCCGACCGGUUGUGGCCCCUGCUGCUAGCCCUCACCGUGGUCCCUGCUCUGCUGCAGUGCCUGUUUCUGCCCUUCUGCCCUGAAAGCCCGCGCUUCCUUCUGAUCAACCGGCAGAAAGAGGAACAAGCACGCAAAGCUCUGGUUCGUCUGCGUGGCGACGAAGAUGUUAACGAGGAACUCCAGGAGAUGAAGGAGGAGAGCGCCAAGAUGGCGUUGGAGAAGAAGGUGACCAUCGCCGAGCUGUUUCGCUCAGCAGCAUACAGACAGCCCCUCCUCAUCGCCGUGAUGCUGCAGCUCUCCCAGCAGCUGUCAGGAAUCAACGCUGUGUUUUACUACUCUACGGGGAUCUUUAGCUCAGCUGGAGUGAAGCAACCCAUCUACGCCACUAUAGGAGCCGGCAUUGUCAACACCAUCUUCACCGUCGUCUCUCUCUUCCUAGUAGAAAGGGCUGGAAGAAGGACUCUUCAUCUCCUGGGAUUGGGAGGGAUGGCUCUCAGUGCCCUGCUUAUGACCUUCUCCCUCUAUCUGAAGCACAUCGCAGCUAUGAGCUACGUGGCCAUCCUGGCUGUCAUGCUCUUUGUGGCUAUGUUUGAGCUGGGACCCGGUCCUAUUCCAUGGUUCAUCGUGGCCGAGCUUUUCUCCCAGGGGCCCCGUCCUGCAGCCAUGGCCGUUGCAGGAUGCUGCAAUUGGACAGCCAACUUCCUUGUUGGAAUGACCUUUCCUAAAUUAGUGGAGUUGUGUGGUCCUUGGGUGUUCCUCAUCUUCACAGCCUUCCUCAUCUUCUUUUUCAUCUUCACAUUUUUAAAAGUCCCUGAGACCAAGGGAAAGACAUUCGAUGAGAUCUCCCGUGGCUUUGGCUCUGCUCAGCCUUAUGCCGCCCCCCCAGCUGAUGACCUUGCCACCACCAGCAACGCUGAGAAUCGUUCAGCCUCUCCUGAGAAGGAGAAGGUCCCACUGGUGGAAGCGCCGGCAGCAGUUCCUGCAGCAGCCGCAAUCGCCCCACCGGCAACCGAAACCACCACCCUUAAAGAUAAGAGCAGCGCAGCAGGAGAGCAAACGGGACAAGUCUAAACAGAUUUUUCAUCGGUUACAGAAAUAAGGGGAGGAUCACAGAAUACAAACACACUGAAAGCAUGGAAACUAUUUCAAUCUCUGUCUCCAACUUUACUGAACAUUCCUGAAAUCUGCUGUGUCUGUUUAAAGAGUAAGGGUCAGUAACAUACAUCAGAAACCGUGCAGCUAAUCUGUUCACAGUCUUUGAGCAAGUUAUUUUAAGGUGAGCAUUAAGCGAUGCCAAGUUGGAUCCAUAUUUAUUAGGUGGCAGAAUUUUAAAAAUCUGUUUAACUGAUUAAUUAAUUUAUUUUUUUAGGUGACAUGAUUAAAUUUAUAUUGUAGGAUGGUUUAACUUGUAACUGAAGUUCCUCUCGGGCGAUUACUUUCCUUCCUCUUAGAUUGCAGGUAUAAUAGAUCUAAAUCUUUUGCUUAAGCUUUUACUGAGAUUGUUUGGGCUGCCAAAAGUAAAAACCGUCUUACAUUAUUAUGCAGAUUUAACAGCAGCUAAAGGUACUUAAAUACAAUAUCCUUAAUCAUUCAUUAUGGUGUAAUCCUAUGUAAUGCUGCCAAGCUGUGAUUAUAGCCAAGUUAUUGGGAAAAUUGACAUGACUGUGUCUAGAAGAAAGGAAUUCUGCUUCAUGUUGAGGAAACAGACGCCUGUCGGCUCCUUUUUGAAGGUUGUUUAAAAGAAAAAGAAAGUUGUCACAUCAUGCGUAUACUCGAUGGAUUACUAACUGAAAGUUCAGACAGUCUUAUCAGGUUACUUACUUGUACAAGAGCUGGUAUGAGCAUCACUAAUGGUUUGACAUACAUUAGUUAUACAACUGGUUCCAGUAAAAGAGAAGGACAGUGUAUAUGCAACCAGAGCAAAGACAUUUUUAGCUGUUUAUUACUUUGAACCUCACCUAGUAUACGGGGUACUAGUAAAAAAAAUGUCUGCAAACAAAAAAAGUUUAGCACAAAUUACGGCAUGGUGAUAAUGGCUGAAAAACAAUUUUUAGGAAGAUUUUUUUCCUACCAAAUUGGACUAAUUUUUUUA